CGUUCCUUCACUUGACAAUUCACUCUCGACGUCCCUCAUUCAUACGUCGUAAAUUCACGCUCUUUUCAAACAUCGGUCGUAUUUGGAGAAGUAGUGCAGAUCGUUCAAAAUGCGCCAUUCUCUUGCAAUCUUCUCGUUCCUCACCGGUGCCGCGGUCGCAGACACCAUCCAAUUCGUCUUCCCCGGAGGCAUCGAAGGCCCUUCCCCUGUUGCGACUAUCGAGUCGGUAGAGGGCUCGACCACCUCAGCAGUUGUUGGAUGUCCCACGGGCACAUCCAUUGAGGACUGCGGCUUUGGUGCCGGUCUCGACGUCGAAAUCAUCGGUGGCACCCGCUAUCAGGCCUCGAUGUCUGCCGGAACUAUCUACGUCAGCUACGGCUGCGAUGGUUACAACUCGGUCGCAAACACGAUGACCUGCACUGCAGAGAUGGCUGGCCAGGAUACACAGACCGCGGUGCUGUCUGGUAGCGACGUGGCAUUCAUUGCUGCUACCGUCGUCGAGGGUACUGAGCUGCUCAGCGGUGGUGUAAGCGCAUCUGCUUCAACAAGUGCUGUGAAUGCCAGCGCUUCUCCUACUUCCAAGACCUCUGCUGCCGCUAUCAACUCUGGGAUGCACACAAGCAUUGCCUCAGGUACCGCCGCUGCAGGAAGUCACGCCUCGGGCGCUGCGUCUACUACUGGUAGCAGCUCUGUCGCCCAGAGCACAGGCGCCGCCGCGCGCUUCGGCAUCGAGGGUGCUGCACUUCUUGCUCUUGCGGGCGCCGCUGCUGUCAAUGCCUUGUAGACAACGCGGAGAAGGAAUCGACGUAAGAUAUAAGAUUCUACCUGUGGAUAAUGUCAAUUGAAAGAUCUGGUGCUCCAGCCGCGCGUAGUAAUCAAACCCGUUGUGC